AUGUAUGCUUGUGGCCAAUCUCCCGAGAACGAGUGCCCUGUCUUUCAAGUCUCCUGCGGACCGUACGAUGCAUCGAUCGUCAACAGCAUUGGCCACUUCAAGACUUACUCUGUAACGACUAGUGUCCGUCCAAAAAGGAUGGUUUUUAAGGACUCGGACACAUUCAUACCGGAUCAAAUCAACCUCCCUAAAGAACGCCAACAAGCAUUGACCGAGAUGGCCGAUCGCGUAGUGGCCGAGACGCUUUGUGCGUACGAACAUUUCAUUGCGAACAAUCGGCAGUUGGACUCUCGUCUGUGGAAACAUGUCAAGUCCCGUGAAAAGGUUCACGUGUAUCGCACCCGUCGUUCUGGUUCCAAGCGACUUAAUCUCAUGAACGAGAAACGACCAAGUAGACCACGGUUGUUGUCAAUUAAUACGAUAGAGCAGCAACAACAUCAAGCGAAUAUGGCAGGACGGCCACACGGGUUCACCCCCGACGAGGAAGAUGAAGAACCCGAGCAAGCUGUGGAAAAUUCUUCCAGCAAUCAUUCGCAGACGCAGCAAUCUACAUAUACACAGAGCUCAUCAAGUGAUUGCGGUUCCUUCUCGGUUUUUCCUGAUGAGAGUGUUCUUGAAAAAGUCAAGCCGACAAAUAUUCCGUUAGUUGCAGCGGUCGGCAGUAUUGACGGGUCCGUGGAAGACGUGGCAUUUGGAGCGCUUGCACACACAGACGAAGCUUGGUUUGAGCGCAAUGCGUACGUGAAAAACGACGGCUUUGUGUGCCGCAAAGUGCUCGCUUCGUUCCAGUCACCGAGUGAGGAAGACCCGUUCCGGUAUGUCGGCAUCAAAUGGGCUGCUCUUGACAUUACCACCUUUGCCUCUCGACGCGAUGUCGUGUUCUUAGAGUCGUCGGGGAUUGCGUUGGACUCGGAUGGCGAGCGAGUGUACUACACUCUUGCUCACUCGAUCGAGUUGGACGAGUGCCCCGUGCCCCCUGAUCGGUUUAAUAUCGUUCGUUUAAAUUUGUCAAUCUGCUACAUUAUGCGUCAGAUCUCCGACACUAAAAUCGACGCGUAUGCUCGAGGGUAUGCAGACAUGGGCGGUAACCUACCAGCAGUCAUUGGUUUGAAUGUGUUCUCACAGGGCGUAGUUGACGUCGUAGGGAUUGUCGAGGCCUCGUACCUCAAGAAACUUGCGUGGCAGCUGUCCCGCCGUGGUCCGAGCGACACAUCAUCCCACCAGACCAAGGAGUGCUCUGUGUGCGGCAAAAACGCCAAGAAAAUUGCCAGCCUCAUCCAAAGAGCCAUCUGCGCAAUAUGCCGACAUACAAUCUGUCAGAAGUGCAGCGUGCACAAGAAGCUGCUCAUGAAAGCUGAAGAAGACCUCCAACGUCAAUUUACUUUCUGUGUCCCGUGUGUGAUUGAAGCCAGAAGGAUGUCGGCUUGGGACGUUGCUACUGCGCAGCUCAAGUGUAGUAGCAACGUCCAAAGGAAGGAAUGA